AUGACUGCGGAUAGCACCAUCCCCUCGCAAACUGCCGUUGCUGCGCAGAACACAUCGAACGGCCACCCCCGAACCAAGAUUUGUGUCUACUGUGGUGCUGCCCCUGGUGCGAGUACUGCUCAUCUCGAAGCUGCCCGUGCACUUGGAAAGACCAUGGCUGCCAACAACAUCGACCUAGUUUACGGAGGCGGAACCGUUGGACUCAUGGGCGAAGUGGCAAAGACUCUCUGCUCCAUCAAUGGCCCAGAGUCUGUUCACGGCAUCAUCCCGGAGGCACUUGUCAAGUAUGAGCGAGAUGGCACUUAUGGAACUGUCAACGAGCACAACCACAUCGUGCCUGAAGAGUCUGUCUAUGGCCGUACAACGGUCGUCAAGGACAUGCACACUCGAAAGAAGCUUAUGGCUGAGGAGGUCUUCGCCGGUGGUCCCGGCAGUGGCUUCAUCGGCCUGAGUGGCGGAUUCGGUACCAUGGAGGAGAUCUUUGAGACCACCACCUGGAACCAGCUUGGAAUUCACAGCUGCGGUAUCGUUCUUCUCAACAUCGAGGGAUACUGGGACGGUAUCGUUCAGUGGAUGGAUCGUGCUGCUGAGCAGGGCUUUGUCAAGCCUGCUAACAAGGGUAUCUUGGUCAAUGCCGACACCGCCGAAGGCGCAAUCAAGGCUCUACGUGACUACAAGGUCUCAGAUGCCAUCUAUCAGCUUCAAUGGGGCAGCCAGUAA